AUGAGUCGAUGGUCAGCCGGCUCAACACCAGGGAGCGUCAAACCGGUUUAUGGUGCUCGGUACCCACCACUACAUCAUGCAAGUCCCACAAAAGGAACUGAUAUACCAGGCAGAAUGAACAAAUUUCAAGAUUAUGAAAAUAGUGUAUCUGAUGCAUGGGACACACGAGUGAAGGUGGAUGAAUCGUUAGCAUCAGCAUCAGCAGCAAAAGUUCUCGCGGCUCAUGCGGCUGGGAAAACGCAUCGAGACGAAGAAAUUAUGCCGCCAGUCAGUGCGGCACCGACGAAAAACAGUCGACAACAAGCUUUGCAGAGACUUGCUAUACAAAAAGAACCACUACCUUCAUCAGUAUCAGCUACGCCGCAGACAGCGAAUCCAAUUUAUCCAAAGUUACCUGAAAUAUCAGACCAGCCUAGGUCGGCAGCACCGAUGGCCAGUGCUCCACCUCAUGGCGGUGAUAGAGAUCAAACCAGGUUUGCACGCCUUCGACGUCUGUUUUCGAAUGGAAAGUCAUCUGGAAGAAGUUCUCCACCAGUUGACGUGGAUUUAGAUAAAUUGAGAGAAGAUUGCUGGAUGGGAAUUCCACAUAAAUUGAGACCACAAGCAUGGCGACUUCUCUCUGGAUACCUUCCAACUAAUGCAGAACGUCGUGAAGUGACACUUCAGUGUAAAAGGGAUGAAUAUUGGCAUUAUGUUGAACAGUAUUUCCAUUCUAGAUUUGAUGAUCAAAAUGCGGACACAUUUAGACAGAUUAACAUCGAUAUUCCAAGAAUGUGCCCGCUGAUCCCAUUGUUUCAACAAAAAAUGGUUCAAGAGAUGUUCGAAAGAAUACUUUAUAUUUGGGCUAUCCGUCAUCCAGCCAGUGGAUAUGUUCAAGGAAUCAACGACCUUGUUACGCCGUUUUUCGUUGUUUUUCUUUCCGAAUUUAUUCCACAAGAUGUUGAAGUUGGAUCGUUUGAUGUAUCUCAACUACCUCUAGAACAGUGUCAACUUAUAGAAGCAGACUCAUUUUGGUGUGUUUCAGCUCUUUUGGAUUCUAUUCAGGAUAACUACACUUUUGCGCAACCUGGAAUUCAGCGGAAAGUUCUACAACUUCGGCAUUUGAUGAGCAGAGUGGACCGUCCGCUUCACAAGCAUCUAGAAUCAAAUGGGAUUGAAUACCUACAAUUCGCCUUCCGUUGGAUGAAUAACCUUCUGAUGCGAGAAAUCCCACUUCGAGCUACUAUCCGUUUAUGGGAUACUUAUCUGAGUGAGCCGGACGGAUUCAUGCAAUUCCACAACUACGUAUGUGCCGCGUUUCUACGAACGUGGUCCAAACAACUACAAGCGGAAAAGGAUUUCCAGGGUGUGAUGAUUCUCCUACAAAACUUGCCAACGCAAUCAUGGGGUGAUCGAGAGAUUUGCGAGCUCACUGCAGAUGCGUUCUCCCUUCAAUCAGUUUUUGACGGUGCCCGACGUCAUCUAUCAGCGCAGGCCGCUUCCCCGUAA